AUGCUGCGACGAGCGGCCCUGGGGCAGCCGGUGCGCCUGGCGCUGCGUGCGCUCUCCACGGGCGUGCCGUGCCAUGCGCGCCGUGCACCGAUACGCGGUACACUCCGGCACCGCGAGGUCGAGCUGCGUCGCGAGAUCGCCGAGCUGGAGCGCCAGCUGCAAGAGUCGGACAAGCGCGAGCACAUUGCGCAGGCGACCAAGGACCUGCCGCCGCUCGAUGACGAGACGCUCGAGGCCAUGUAUCGCGAGCUGGUCGCGCCGCCGCCGAGCGAUGCGUCCACGCUCCCGCCGCCGCCGCCCAGCACGACUUCCGUGCUGCGCGCGCUGGCGCAGCGCUGGGGCGUCGCGGCCCUGCCCGCGACCGGCUCGAGCGAGGUCGCCGUGCCGCCAGGCGCCGAUGAGCGCCAGGCCCUACGAGACCAGCUCGUGCAGCGCCUCGUCGAGGCAGACGGCCUGGACGCAGACCUGCGCCCGGACGAGUGGGCGGCGCUCGCCAUGCAAAGUGCGCGCGACGGCGACGCGCCCCACGUCAAAACGGUCCUGGCGCUGGCGCUGCAGCAGGGCCCCGCAUGCCUGCCACUGUUCCGCCAGGUCAUGGACGUGUAUGCAAACGCCGGCGACGCCGACACGGUGCUGGAGCUCAGUGCGGUGCUGGACACGCAGGGCGUUGCGCCGGAUGCAGGGAUCCAGCAUGUGGUGACCAAAGCCUAUACCCAAACGAACCAGCUGUGGAAAGCUGCGCAGUACCUCGCGCACUGGGAGCAGACGGUGCCGGCGCCCAUGUCGUCGUACACGCUCGUCAUGGAGCACCUGCUCAAGCACCCUGUGCGGGAGCUGCAGCCCCUGGCGUGGUCGCUCUUCUAUCACAUGCGCUUCGCUGCGCACGCCGUGCCAGACGCGGCGCUGUAUGCGAUGAUGAUCCGCGCGUGUGCGGCGGGUGUGCCGCAGCCGACGGCGCUCGGCGCGCGCCGCCCCAGCGCGGUGGUGGCGGAAGCGGAGCGCGCGCUGGACCUGUUCCGCGAGAUGACCGUGCACCAUGGGAUCCGGCCCAACAAGGAGGUGUACGACAGUCUCAUCCUGACGUGUGCGCGGCGCAAGGAGCACUACGGCGAUGCAAUCCAGCUCCUGCGUCAGCUGAUGGACCUGUCGUCUGACCCGACGUCGCCCAUGGCGCCGGACACGUACACCUACAAUGCCGUCCUGCAAGGCAGCGCGCGCCACGGCGACCUCGCCACCGCGCGGUGGAUUCUCGCCGACCUGGUGCAUGCUGCCAUCGCACGUGGCGUUGCGCAUGGGCCGAACGAGGAGACGAUGGCGAAUGUACUCUGGACGUAUGCCGUGUACCGCCCGCCGGUCCGUCGCGCGGACGUGGCGCGCGCAUCGGCUGCGCCAGACUCACAGGUGGACGACGGGGCAGCGGAGAUGGUCGAGACCGAGGCGCGUACAUUCACGCAGGCCACACCGUCGACGUCGCCCGACGUCGUCGCUGAAGUGCAGGCGCUCAUGGCGCGCAUCCUCGCUGAUCAGGGGCAGGCGGACGCGGGCGCGCAUCCUCUUGCCUCGGUCGUACCUACGCCGCGCAUGCUCAACGCGUACCUCUCGGUGCUCACGCACCAUCUGCGUCCGGCGCAGCGCCUCGAGGCACUCGUGCACGCGACGGAAGCGCCUGACGGCGUGUUCCAGCAGGCCGCCGUCGCGCCGAACGCACACACUUGGGCGAUGGUGCUCGAGGCAUGUGCGCAGCACAGGGAGCGCGCGUAUGCGGACCAAGUGGCCGCGCGCGUGUGGGAGCAGUGGCGCACACUCGAGGCGCAUGCGGAUGCCCGCAUCAUCUCCAAGAUGUGGGCGCUGAUGAUCCGGCAGCACGCGAAGAGUUUCCGCGUCGCAGACGGGCUCGCGCUGCUGCAGGAAUUUUUGCACACAUACCCCCCGCCCACACCUACGAGCCGCGCGGCGCUGGAUGGGCUGCCGCCGCCGCCCAGCCGCCUCGACUGGGCGCCGCUGCCGCCGCCGCCGACGCUGCUCGCGGCGCUCGCGGCGCAGCCACGCACCGCCGUCUCGGCUGACAAGUAUGCGCCCCUUGCGCCUUUCCAACCCCAGCUACGCUUCCGCGACCUGGAGCUUUUGCACCACCGGUGUGUGGCGCUCCGCGAGGUCGCCGGCCUGCAUCUGAUCACUCGCGUGGACCGCGCGUAUCGUGCCGCGCCGUAG